CUCUUGUUUAUUGCAUCUUUCACCUGAUAAUCCGCAGCACCACUCUCAGAUUCACGCGGCCACUGAGCCGGGUCCAAGGUCCGGCCUGCACAAGUCAAUCAUUAUUCCAACUUGUCAUCAGAAGCUCCGCCUCCAGGUGCAUCUUCAGCCUGGCACUGCCAGACCACAGAGGAACCUCAUCACUGGAUAAACAGUCCAGUCUGGAUUAUUAUGGGAUGGACUUUAUGAAAAUUCAAACUGGAAUUCACCCUCUGUCUCUGUUAUUACAGCUGCAGUGCAUGUUGGGACUUUUUCCUUCACAACUCAAACAUUUAUUCAAAAGGAUUUCUGUAUUUUUAAUAACUUAAAUGAAAAAAAACAAUGUCGUACACUGAUGACUGAGUCACAUCUCCCCUCGGCACACUGAGGUCUGUGGUUCAACUCCUUUGCUUCCGCCACAAGCCUCUGUGCAAACAGGGAAAACUCAGCCAUUAGUUUCACUGACAUGAAACAUGAAAGGCGAAACAACAACCGUGUUAUUUGCUCACUGUGUCCUCAACUUUGAACUUCUUGCUGAUGUCACUAAUAUAUUGCUGUGGAGCAGGUCAAAGGUCAGGAUUUCUCCGGCGUCGAUUAUCAGGGAGCGAUCAGACAACGAGGACCGGUCUAAAGUUCAGUCAGACAGGCCGCGAGAGAAGUGGCUGAGCGCGUCGAGGAGCUAGUCGCGGUCACUGACACCAGAACCGGGCCAGAAAAGAUGGACAUCCUGGAGACUGAUGCCUUUGAUCGGCGCCAGAGGAGAAAUGUGUCCUGCGCUCUGUUCUUCUCCCUGUUGCCUUUCUUCAUGGCCUCCGCUCUCUACUUCAACCUGUGGACUCCAGACUCACCAGCGUCCGUCACCAUCGCUGGGAUCAAGUCGGCACCGACGCUGCUGCUGGCUCUCACCGUGCUGAUCUGGAACGGAGGCCGGAGCGUGCUGGGAGUGGGAGGAGGACUGAUCCUGUCGGCUGUGGGUGACGUCUGCCUGGUGUGGUCAGAGCUCUUCGUCCACGGUAUGGGAGCGUUUGCCGUGGCUCACCUGCUCUACUCCGCCACCUUCCUCUCGUCUCGCUACACAAGCUACUCAUCUUCCUCCUGGACUCGCCUGCUCUACCUCAUCCUGGUCCUGUUAGGAGCAGGCUUCUACGCCUACUUGUAUCCCUUCCUGCAGAAGGACCCGCACGCCGACCUCCUGACCCCCGGGGUGGCCGUCUACAUCCUCUUGAUCGCGCUCAUGGGCUCGCUGGCCAUCAGAAGCGGGCAGUUCCUGACAGUCCUGGGAAGCCUGAUCUUCAUGAUAUCUGACCUGUCGCUGGCGCUGCAGGUCUUUAAGGUCAUGAAGGUGGACAACGGAAACUCCAUCGUCAUGGUGACCUACUACCUGGCCCAAAUGCUGAUCGCCGUGGGAGACGUGAGAGCUGUGGAAAGCAAGGACGACUUUGCAAAAUGGAAGCGGUCCUGAGGAAAAUAAAGGACCAAACACCCCAUGCUAAUAUAUCGACUGCACUAAACACUCUUUUCAUGUUUAUACUUGGUUUUAUUAUUAAAUACUUGCUCCUAAACAGCUGCUGGUGAUGUUUGAGGCAGCAGGAAAAGUGAGAAAUGUGUUAUAUAUAAUUUAUUAAAAAUCUUUGUCACAAUUGAACAGGCUUUGUCGCGAAUGAGCAAAGAAAAUACGA